CCCCAUUUCAGCUAGAAAAAGAAACCGUGAUAUCGAGAAAGAAGUCGUCGCUUUCAUUUGUCAUUGAACAGAAUAUGAAAGCAAAUCCAAAAUGAAUAUCUCCGGGAAGUCUGCUGAAGACAGCCAUGCUGAUCGCUUAUCGGAAUCUUUCAGUUCUCGUGGGACAUUUCAAGUCGUUCUAGAAUCGUUGAUCUACAGUUUGAUUUGUUCUACUUCUUUUGUCGGAAAUCUCCUUGUUCUAUAUAUUGUGUACAAAUCUGUUAGACUUAAGAACGUGCCGGGGAUGUUAAUUGCUUCACUAGCUCUGUCAGAUGUUGCUAUCAUUUCCUUCACGACUUCGCCGUCUUUACUCUCACUCAUUCAUGGCAGAUGGACUUCAGGCUUUGCAACAUGUCAAUUUCAAGGUUAUGUUGUUAUAACAACAACAGCAGCUUCUCUACAGACCAUGGCAUUAAUGUCUCUUGAUCGAUACUAUCGUGUUGUUCGUCCGAUGAAGCACCGAACUCUCUUCUCCAUGCCACGCGCACGGCUCAUGGCCGCAGCUGUCUGGUUUCUAGCCAUGAUGUAUCCAGUCCCUUAUCUCGUUAGCGGUAGAAAAUACAUUUUCCAUCCGGGAAAAUUUUUCUGUUUCCAUGAAGCAAAGAUGUCGUUUGUGUCUGACUUUGUUUAUAUCUGUCUCUUCAUCUCCAUUUCUGUUCUUUUGUUUUGCUAUUUCAACAUUUUUCGACAAUUAAGAGCAAAUGCAAACCGCAUACAAAGUUGGCGUGCACAUGACAAUAGCAUAUCUUCUGAUGAUGCUAAACUGACCAAGACAUUAUUUGCAACUGUUCUUGCAUAUGUAUUUUGCUGGACGCCCGUUUUAAUAAUCGAUUUUGUGGAAAUGGGGGUCGGAAAAUGGUCCCUUCCGCGUGUGGUUUAUGUCAUGUACACUGAUAUGGGACUAACAAGUUCCUCUGUUAACCCAAUCAUUUAUGGAGCCUUAAAUCGAACAUUUCGACAGGAAUACAAAAAGAUUUUUUGCUUCAGGAAGUUAUUGAGCCACAACAUAAACCGCUCUGAUAUUUCGAAGGGCCGAGAGACAAAGAGUUGUACAUUAGCAGGUAAAACGGUCAAUUAAAAUCUAAUAUGAAUCUAACUGAAUGACAUUUUUUUUAAUAAAUGGGCUCUA